CCCGCCCCUUGUCCCUGGCGCUCCACCCCCUCCCCGCCGGCUCCCGCCGCUCCCGGCACUCAAUACCCGCCUGGGAACUCUGGAUCCCGCCGCUGGGGCUGCAGCAUGGGGCGCUUCCGCGGGGGCCUUCGGUGCAUCAAGUACCUGCUGCUUGGCUUCAACCUGCUAUUCUGGCUGGCGGGGUCGGCUGUCAUCGCUUUUGGACUAUGGUUUCGGUUCGGCGGCACCAUGAAGGAUUUCUCCUCAGAGGACAAGUCCCCAGAGUACUUCUACAUGGGGCUCUACGUGCUGGUCGGCGCAGGGGCCCUGAUGAUGGCCGUGGGCUUCUUCGGGUGCUGCGGAGCCAUGCGGGAGUCGCAGUGCGUGCUCGGAUCUUUCUUCACCUGCCUACUGGUGAUAUUUGCUGCUGAAGUAACCACUGGAGUGUUCGCCUUCAUAGGCAAGGGUGUAGCUAUACGACAUGUUCAGACCAUGUAUGAAGAGGCUUAUAACGAUUACCUUAAAGACAGGGGGAGGGGAAAUGGGACUCUCAUUACCUUCCACUCGACGUUUCAGUGCUGCGGAAAAGAACGCCCGGAGCAGGUCCAACCCACGUGCCCGAAGGAGCUCCUAGUACCCAAGAAUUGCAUUGACGAAAUCGAGACGGUAAUCAGUGUUAAGCUCCAGCUCAUCGGAAUUGUCGGCAUUGGAGUUGCAGCUCUCACGAUCCUCGGCAUGGUAUUCAGCAUGGUCCUCUGCUGUGCAAUACGCAACUCCAGAGACGUGAUAUGAAGCUACUCCCAUGAGAAAACCACAAUCUAAAGCCUUCAUAUACACGUCACAGGAGCUGUCUCCCGGUUCAUUUUUCAUAUUCAAAGGACAUUAGGAUUUAAAUACUUUUCUCUCAAUUGUACAUUUGCACAUGUAUGUAUGUUUGGCUCAUCACUGACUUACCCUCGAGUGAAUGCCUACGUAUACUGACUGGGAGCGUGUUUGCGUGUGAUUCCUGUGCUUCCGGUAUAUGCAUUAUAUAGAAUGAAGUGGGUUUUCUGGGAAUUCCUGAUUGGUUCUAGAGUGAAAGGAACAGCCUAUUGAAUAUUUACUCUCAGAAAAAGAUCAGAAACUUUGAAACGCGAGUAACAAUGGAUCGGUUUCUCAGAGUCUAGCCACAGAGAGUUCGGUACAGAGAGUUCAGGGACCCCUGGUUCACAGGAGCAAUAAGCCACAGGAAUGGAAAGACUGAGGUGCAGGGUUAAAAUGGGCUGGGUCUGAGGAGAGUGUGAAGGUUCCUGGGAUUUUUUUAUAUACAUGCUCUCCCCAGAAUACAGUGAACCACAGUUUUAGGCCUAAAUACAUCUGUACAACUAAAUAUAGCAUGGAAAAUCUAAUUUGAAUAAGUCAUACUUUCCUAGUAUUUAAAAACAAAAAAAAAAACUCCCUCCGCAAAGAGGGUUCCACAGACAAUCGCGUGUCCUGUAAAAGUGACUUGUAAGGACUGAGAAAGAAAAAGCCUUUUAACGACUUUUUAAGGAAAUAUUUUCGUUCUUAUAUAAAAGUGUUUAAAUAUCGCUUUAUUACUUUCUUUUCCUGACGCUGCUCUGAACUACUGCAACCGUCACACCCACAAAAGGGCUUUUCUCUCAGACUCCUCCAUAUUUCUCCAAGUGCAAGGCCAGAAAGGCUCAAGUGAGAGACCUGGCAGCUGUCACUUGUGGGAAAGAGAUUUUUACAGGCACUGUAUCUUUAAAAUACCUCAUAACUUGAGUUUACAUAUUUUCCUAAUUUUGUGUAUUUUUCUUAUUUAUUCACCUAGGGAGCCCUUCUUCAUAGAUGAAAAAGUACAGUUUUCACUGCUUAAAUUAAUAAAACAAAAUCCUUCGUAAGUCAAAUAUUAUAUCAUGAGCUUCCUUGGCCAACCCAAAAUAAAGAGGAGCCCCUUCUCCGGGUUGUGCGCACACACAGAGAGAAUAUCCAAAGAAGCAAAACUAUGUCCACACACACACACGCACACACGCACACACACACACACCCCAGAAACCUGUUUUUCUCAGGGCAAGGCCCCCAUAAAAAUAAAAUUGUCAUGUUCCUUUAUGGUCUUGAUGCUUCAUUUUAAGUAUGUAAACCCAAAUUUAGGGUCUAAAUGGACAUAUUUGUCCAUUUUUAAUAACUUGGUACCUUUAGGAAAUCAUGGCAUUCUUGUUAUGAUGGCACUUGAGAAGGCCACACGCGAGAGUGAAAGUGCCGCGCACUCUGAGACCGCCAAGCGAGUCUGUACACGCGUGAGAGCGCAGGUCUCUCGGUGUGCGCUUCGAGAAGCUACAACUCACUGUGCUGAGAAGGCUUCAUGGUUGGAACCGUCUCACUCCCAGACAGAGCGGCACCUCCCCUCCCGCCACGCCUGCCACGGCUACGCAGCCUUUCUAGAAAAGGAAAAAAAGUCAGAUUGGAAGCAAGCUGAAAAUGGAAUUGCACGUGGCUACUUCACCGUAUCUAAGACAAUCCCUUCACAAAAUAGGGGUUUAUACCCCAGUAGUUGAGAAACACCACCUUUUCAGCGAAGGACAAACAGCCCAGGUCUCCUGAUGGCUUUAUUCAUCUGUCUGCGCGAAGACAGGGCCAAGUGCGUACUCAGGUUUCUUCCCGCUCAGACUGGCCUCUGCGUCAGCAGAAAUGAGUUUGGUUGCAUAUCCCAAUUAACAACCUUAAAAAACACAACAGUUAGAAGUAGAAGAGCAGAGGUGGGUCAUCUCUUCAUUCCUGGUCCAUUUUUAAUUAUAUUUACUUAUUAAUGUACCUUUUUGGAGUAAUUUUUUCAAAUGACAUGCCCUGAGUAAAAUUAGAGAAUUCCACCUCUGAGUGAGGGUAGAUUUAUAUAUAUAUAUAUAUCUUGAAUGUAUAUAUACAUCUUGAAUUCCUAUAUAUCUUGAAACUAUAUAGAGCUAUUGAGUAUGUACCUCUUGAAUAUAUACAUAUAUAACAUGGCUAUAUACAUGUGUGCAUGUGUAUGCAUGUAUACAUAUAUGUGUAUAUGUGUACACACAAAUAUAAAAUUUUGUUUAUGUCUGUUUACCUGUACUGAUAUGAGGUCAGACCCAAACAUUUUCUUAAGCAUCUGGUGCCAAAGCCCUGACUUAGAACUUCUUGAUGAAAUAUUUUAAAAUAUUUCAAAUUAAAUUUUCUAUGCACUAC